AUGACGCGGGGCGGGUCGGGAUACCAGCGCAGCAGCAUGGAACGGUCGAUGCUGGGUGAGAGCCUCCGCGAGCGCAUGUGCCCCGCGCUCAUGGUGCUCUCCACCGCCGCCGCUGAGGCCGCCUGCCAGAGAAACGCGCUGAGCUUCGUCGACCUACUCCGCCCGCACUGCGAGUUUUCCAAUCUCAACGUGCCCGUGCGCACGGCGGGUGAGCAUUCGUACCGCCUGCACGACUUCCGCGUGCGAGUGUUCUAUGCUAGCGAGAUUCAGCAACCGUCCCAAGAGGCAGCAGAAGAUUUCUGUGUGCGCUUUGUGACAAACGCGAGUGAGGCGGCAGACGCAGAGCUGAUGGGGGCAGACCCGAGCGACCUCAACUCCAUCAUUGGCAUGGCCAAUGCGGAGAACCGGACGUGCUGGUUUCAGCGAUUCACCGACGAGUACAUGCGCACGCUCGUCUUUUCUGACCACGAGACCUUCGAUCAUCCCAUCGCGUGUCUGCUGGUCGCCUCCACGUCAGAGCCCUUCCCUGUGCGCGCAUUGCGUGAGCUCAUGACUCCCGACCGCCUGCCCGCGCUCUACCGCGACGGCACCAUGGACCCCAAGCUGCACCUGCACUACCUGCUGCUGCACGACUGCUCCUCCCUGGGCCCUCCCUCCGCCUCCUCUCAAGUCGAGCUCACUCUCGCUGAGAUGCGUGCUGCUUUUGGCAGCCCUGUCUGCCGUUUGUUGCCUAUCAACUCUGCCGCCGCUCCCAGCCAGUCACGGCCUGACAUCUGGACCAAACACCGCCCUGUCCCCGUUGGAGGGGCCCCGACGCCUCCUCCUGCUGGCACUGUGUUGCCACAGAGCCCAUCAGGCGCACCUGUGUCGGGGGCAGUGGGGCAGUAUAUGAGUGAGGCGGAUGUGAGGGAGGUGGCGGACAUGAUGACGGAGCUCAGUGUGAAGCACCUCGUGCCUCACCUUGAGAGGAAGGCGCGCGACCUCAACCAGCAGAUCUCAGCCAGUCGUCGUGGGCUACGCAACCAAAUCAAGAACUUGUGGUUCGGCAAGGGGAAGGAGGAGACAGCAGACGCCACACCCGGCGUCUACACCUACCGCUCGCCUGAGUCUCAGAUCCGCCAGCUGGCGGACGCAGCCAUGAUGCUGCAGGACUUCCAGCUUGCGCUGGACAACUACCGGCUCGUGGCGGCAGACUACCGCAGAGACAAGGCAUGGAAGCACUACGCUGGGGCGCAGGAAAUGGUGGCAGUGUCACUCUUUCUCUUGGAGAUUUCUCGGAGGGAGAUGGAGCAGUGCAUGGAGAGUGCUUACGCCUCAUACCAGCGCUGUGGUCCAUUGGGAGCCCGCUUUGCCCUCAGAACAGUCUUCUGGAUGAUUGGCAUGUUCAAGGCUAAGGGAAACUUCCGAGACGCUGCACUCACCCUCAUGCGUGCAUCUUUGGAGGAGAGUGGAGUGAAGGCAGCAGUGUUGUUGGAGCAGGCGGCGGUCUGCUUUGUGCGAGUAACGCCUCCCAUGCUGCGCAAGUACGGCUUCCACAUGGUGCUCGCAGGCAACCGAUACAACCUCGCCUCCCAGCGAAAACAUGCCAUGCGGGCGUAUAAGUGUGUGGAGGGCGUGUAUCGUGGCAAGGGCUGGAACUUCAUCCUGGACCAUUGCAACUUCACACUUGGCAGGCUUUCAGCAUACCUCGGCAGUUACAACGGGGCGGUGGUGUAUUUCGUCCGCUUGCUGGCGUGCGCCCACCAGUCUGCCGCCAUGCAAGGCACCUUCCUCAGGGAGUUCCUCUAUGUGGUGCAGGCAGUGCAGUCAAAGGACAAGCAGGGUGCAUUGGAGCUGCCUCUCCCACACGUCAACACACACAAGGUUCACGUCCACUUUGAAGACCACCGCAUCUUCGCCUCCCCUACCGCU